AGUCUUUCAUUGUACUAUAAAGGAGGAUUUGAACAGAAAAUGAGUAGGCGAGAAGCUAGUCUUAUUUUAGGUGUAAGUCCAUCUGCUAGCAAGGCCAAAAUCAGAACAGCCCAUAGAAGAAUCAUGAUUUUGAAUCAUCCUGAUAAAGGUGGAUCACCUUACUUAGCAACAAAAAUAAAUGAAGCAAAAGACAUGUUGGAAUCCACUGCCAAUAAUUGA